CUCUUGGGUGUGGCCGCUCGGACUGUGCCGUCUGGCAGGGGCCUCGCGCGCGCGUUUUCUCGCGGCGGCGCUCGCGGCGCGCGCUGCGUGCACGCAGCUCGUCAGCAGGCGGGCCCGCUUGACGCAGGGAGGGCUGGAGGGGGGAAAGGGGAGGCGAACGCGUGAACAAGGAAAUGGAGAAGUGUAGGGUGAUCAGAGACAUGCUAGCAACGCGUCGCAUGCACUCUGCGGCGAAUCCACGCCCUGCGGCCUCUCCGCAACGAGCGAGAAGACCGGUGACCAAGGAGUACUCUGAGAGACGAGCGUGAGAUAUUAAUUAAAUUGUCACGCGCAGCGCCAACUCAGUCUGAACCUAAAAGCAGGGCAAUGGCAUCAUCCUGACGUAGGGGGAGGAUAUCAUUCGAGGCUCCGAGUGAAACUAUGCACGGACCGAGGGCGCCACAGGCUGGAGAGCUUGGCGGCCACCAAGCGCAUGGGGGGCAGCUCAGCAGCUCUCGCUCGGACAGUGCCGAAGCAAAGCCGCCAGAGCAUGCCCUGAGUUCAAGCCUCACCAUCGAAAAGGCUGAACGCGUAGACAAGCAAGCCUCUCACUACGCUUCACUUCUGCGGCCAUCCACAUGCCCCGCAGAUCAAUCCAUUGUCUUGUGUGCGACUUACCACGUCCAAGUGAAUAGCCAAUUCCAACCAGCCUGCGUGCAGGCCUGGCGCUUCGAUCAGGCGCGAUACAAUGCUACAUGUUUAUGCGCGGCCCUGCGCGCUAAACAGAAUAAGCUGGAUGACACGGCUUUCAAAAGGUGCAGAGUGCCUGCAACGCCACCAGCUCAACCUGAAAGCAAUUGGUGCUGGAAUGCUAGGGUCCAAGCGAGGGCUCUGUACGACACCCAGCGCGCAAUCUAUCAUUACGCUGGAAGUAGCCAGCAUGACCACGAGAAGUAGCAGCGAGGACGCAAUAUUAGCAUUACUACGGUGAGCGAUCACCUUACACAACCGACAUGCUGUGACGUCGGAGCCGCAACAAGAAUAUAUCGACGGUUCUGGCCAGUAAGCACGGCAAAGGAGGCAGGUCUGGAAGCGGAUCACAACACUUGCGCCUAUCCUAAUCCAGGACGUGCCCCCGUUGAAACAGUCAAUACAGCCAAAUGUGCAGGCAAAACCGCUGACCUGAACCUUGCAAACAUCACCGCGGAGGCCCGUGGGCCCUCACGGGCCCGACGCCCACAGCAUCGCGGCGCACGGCGGAUGCGGGCCCACCAGACCGGCCGACCCGACGCCGCGCGGAACGCGCAGCGCACAGUUAAAAAGUUAGGGGCCUGCAUAGGCUCGCUGUCUGCCGGGGGUGAGGUGGGGAUGGCGGUGGAGGGGACACGCCCCAUUCGGGCGCACGCUGAUGGGCAGCAACGAUGAUUAGAU